UGGUCCUCGGAGGAGACCCGCGGAGGACCCGCGCCUCCCCUCGACUCUUGGCGGGCGAGACCUGGCUCCCUGAAGAGGCGCCCUUGAUGGCCCUGCGCGCCGGGACAGCCUGGUUGGGGCAGGUCUGGCGCACAGUGUGCAGGCUGCACGGUCCUUGGUCUAGACGCUCCAGCAGCCUCCUGUGUCUGUCUCCCUCCCAGGAGCCCGAGCAGGGAGGCGGAGAGCAGCCUCGGCGGCCGCAGCAGCAGCAGCGACAGCAGCAGCAGUUUCAGCACCAAGGACAGCAGCCUCCCCGAGGGAGCCCGCGCAGCAGCCGCCCCUCGCCGCUCGCCUCCGUGGGCGGCUGCCUCUGCUGCACCCUGUCGGAUCCUCGGGCGCCCAGGGGGGGACAUGGUCCCCUCCGUGGGCCCUUCCUUGCGGCCAUGAAGCGGCAGAACGUGCGGACCCUGUCCCUCAUCAUCUGCACGUUCACCUACCUGCUGGUGGGGGCGGCCGUCUUCGAUGCCCUGGAGUCCGACCACGAGAUGCGCGAGGAGGAGCAGCUGAAAGCCGAGGAGACCCGGCUCAAGGGGAAAUACAACAUCACCCACGACGACUACCAGCAGCUGGAAGAGAUCAUCAUGCAGUCGGAACCCCACCGGGCCGGGGUCCAGUGGAAAUUCGCAGGGUCUUUCUACUUUGCCAUCACAGUCAUCACCACCAUCGGUUAUGGGCAUGCAGCCCCAGGAACGAAUGCUGGGAAGGCUUUCUGCAUGUGCUACGCUGCCCUGGGCAUUCCUUUGACACUGGUCAUGUUCCAGAGCCUUGGUGAACGCAUGAACACCUUUGUCAAGUACCUCUUGCAACGGAUGAAAAAGUGCUGCCGAAUGAGGAGCACAGAUGUCUCCAUGGAGAAUAUGGUGGCCGUGGGCUUCUUCUCCUGCAUAGGGACCCUCUGCAUAGGAGCAGCAGCCUUUUCCCAUUGCGAGGAGUGGACCUUUUUCCAGGCCUUCUAUUACUGCUUUAUAACGUUGACUACGAUCGGGUUUGGGGACUAUGUGGCCCUUCAGACGAAAGGAGCCCUUCAGAAGAAGCCGCUCUACGUGGCAUUUAGCUUUAUGUACAUCCUAGUGGGAUUGACAGUCAUUGGGGCAUUUCUCAAUCUGGUUGUUCUCAGGUUGUUCAUGAACAUUGAGGAAGAGAGGCGGGAGGCCGAGGAGCAGGCGUCCCUGGCAGGGAACCGCAACAGCAUGAUUAUUCACAUUGAAGAGGACUCCCAGCAUGGCCGGCCACGGUACAAAGCAGAGGUGACAGACCUUCAGUCAGAUUGUUCCUGCAUGUGCUACAGGUCCCAUGAAUACACCAGCCGGGUUGUGUCCCACCAGAAUUCCUUCAGCUCCAAGCUGAACCUUCAGUACUUUCAUUCCAUCUCCUACAAGAUAGAGGAGAUCUCGCCAAGCACAUUAAAAAACAGCCUUUUCCCCUCCCCUGUAAGCUCCAUCUCACCCGGGUUGCACAGCUUUACAGAUAGCCACCGGCUGAUGAGACGGCGGAAAUCCAUCUGAAGUCAGUUGUCUUUGGGGGUUUCGGUCCUUUAUUCCUAAGAUUGUUUGGGUGUUUUAAAAACAGGAGUUCCUCUACUGAGCCUGAAGGAGGCUAACGGUAAGGAGGAAAGAAAGCAAAUCCCUUUUCGGAGACUCAGCCCUGGAGCAUGACGCAUGGAUGAACCUUUUUCCAGCAAAGUAUGCCUUACAUUGACCCUCCCCUUGAUAGUCGGAAGAUUCGAGGUGACGGGAAGUGGGUAUCGAAAUCCAAAGUUGCACACAUAGCUGGGAGCCUUUCAUGUGCCACACCGGCACUCUUGACCUAACGAACUCUUGUUUUCUGCCCUCACAAGCAGGUCGCUGUGUGUGUGAGCUCGGGUGCGUAUGCGUGUGUUGAGAGUGUGGGUAUGGGUGCGCACACGCAAUUCCACAACUAGUGCCAUGCGACUAACAAAAGAGUAUCUAUCCAAGCAUCAGGUAUUGGUUUUCUUUCCUUUUGAUUCUUCCUUUUUAAGCAGUCGUGUUCUGGCCUGCUUUU